GGGACUGCUGGGCAGGAAAAUGUGGGCAGUAAUUGGUUGGACAGGGUGCGAUGCGGUCUUUGUUUUAGACUUUCCAACAUCUCAUGCAGAUCUAUCAACUCCCGAUCCGGCGAUACGCAAAAGAAGGAACAUUCACUCGAUUAUCCUAUCGUUCCGGUCCCAACUGAACUUGAAUUUGAUUAAAUUGUUACCGCCAAAGCGUUUUUGCAGCUUACUGCCUCCUCGGUCUACUACGACCCACAUACGCCCAGGAUACGGAAGCCCUCAAAACCCUCAACUUGACGCAUACUAAAAUAUCCUCCUAUUUACGAUCAUGUUUCCGAUUUCUGCCGCACUCUUAUGAUGGAUAAUUCGACUAUUUCCUCUUCCUCGACACCGAUGCCUUCGGUAGAGGAAGAAGAGGAAAAUAAAUUCAAAUCUAAAUACCCUGGGUUGGACCAACGAGGUGUGGGGUCACUUAUGUUGCAGAAACGGCUUAAUCGUGGACACAAGUAUUUCGAUUCUGGUGACUAUAACAUGGCGAAGGCUAAGAUCCUGAAACAAAAACCGCAUGUACUUCCUGCACAGACUGAGGAGGCCAUUCUUCAUGAGUCAACUGGCGAUACGAUAGCCACCCCCGAUAGCGUUCCAGCCGUUCGGAAGAAAUCUGUGGUAGUCUCAGCUCCCGGAGAACCGCCUAACACAGCGAUACCAGGGACAACCGCCAAUUGCCCCCCAUCACCAACAAGUCAUCUAGUAUCUGACCCUGUAAACCAUACUCUAGCCACACAUCAAACAGUGCAGUAUUCGUCGUCAUAAGAAUUCAGGUCCCCGUCCAGCAUCGCUAUACCACAGGCUUGUUUUUCACUCAAGUCUGAAUCCGUUUACUCGUUACAUAUUUUUGUUGUCCAUCCAGUGUUCUUUUUCCAUCUUUUAAGGGCUUCGCCCGAUUGUUCCUCUUCCGCGCAUUUGCUUACAUCGUUCUUGCUUGUGGUGCUAUCGAUUUCCGUUGCUACUUUCAGUUGUGCACACGGCUUUGUUUCUUGCUGCAUUUUUGGCCGAUUAUGCCCUUCAACAUAGCUGUCUUGCAGUGCAUAAAGUGCUCCAAACGUCUGUC